ACUAGACGCGUCUUGAGAUAAUUAUAAAUCCCUGGAAAUGAAGUCAAAAGUCUUCUCUCUCUUUCCUCAAGUCCUCUCCAUUGCAAGUUUAGCAUCAUUUAUUGACCAAUGAGUAAAUUCUAUUGACUAUUCGUCCUUAGCUAACCUCCAUUAAAAAUCUAUCCAUUGUAUUUGCCACAUACCCAAAGCAAAAUUGAGCUUCAUGAAAUCCUUCUUCAUAUUCCUCUGUGUUAUGAUUUGUCAGUUUAUCUCAACACAAGCAGUCACAGCAAUUGACAUACGAAACAAUUGUCCUUUCACGGUAUGGGCAGCAGCCGUGCCAUGGGGCGGCCGACGACUCGACUACGGCGGAAUAUGGAGGGUCCAAACAAACUCAACUACACACGGGCGUAUUUGGGGCCGAACCAAUUGCAAUUUUGACGCAUCUGGUCGAGGUCGAUGUCAAACAGGGGAUUGCAAGGGACUCCUCGAGUGUCAAGAUAAUGGUAAACCCCCAAGCACUUUAGCCGAAUACGCCUUUAACCAAUUCGGCAAUAAGGAUUUCUUCGACAUAUCUCUUGUUGAUGGUUUCAAUUUGCCAAUGGAAUUUAGCCCUGCAUCAACUGAUAAAUGCUCUAGUAGGAUUAGUUGUACUGCCGACAUCAUAGGACAGUGUCCUAAUGAAUUAAGGACACCAGGAGGAUGUAACAAUCCCUGUACCGUUUUCGGGAUUGGCAUAUAUUGCUGCACAUCUGGUCGUUGUGAUCCGACUUACAUUUCAAAGUUCUUUAAGGAUAGAUGUCCAGAUUCUUACACUUAUCCUCAAGAUGAUUCAACUAGUACCUUUACUUGUCCUAGUGGAAUCAACUAUAGAGUGGUCUUUUGUCCAUAAAUUAAAUGGAUGUAACAUAUUUUCUGUAAUUGCUGCUUCUUAGGACGUUCGAAAUUUCUAUGUAAGUUUGGUUUACAUCAGUAUUGCUAUUUAUUGAGCUGAAAAUUCAAAAAAUUGUGAAAAGUAGUCAAUGAGAAUUUUAAGUAUUC